CAAAAAUCAAGUGUUUAAAAAUAAUUUACAGUAAUAUCAGAAGUAAAACAUGGGCAAAGAACUUUUUGAUUAUGCUAUAAAGGGUGAUAUUGAAAGCAUCAGACAGUUAUUUGACGAUCCAGAAAGUAUUUUUGUCACAGAUCCGGCGACGGUGCUAAACAAACGAGAUAAAGAUGGCAAGUCGCCUAUGGACAUGGCGGCCAUGUUGGGUCGAGCUGAAGUCAUUCGAGAACUGAUCGAACGAGGUGCUGAUGUGAACAGUAGAACAAAAAAAGGUUAUACAGCUUUGCACAGAGCUGCUUGUUGGAAUCGAAUGGAUUGUUUGCGCAUUCUCAUUGCUAAUGAUGCUGACCUACAGUUGAGGAACAUACACGGUGAACGAGCCAGGGAAUCUGCAGCUCGAUAUAACAAUACCUCAUGUGUAGAGUUACUUGAUAUUGCUGAGGCCCAGAAAGAGCUAAAGCAACUAAUAACUUCCACUAAAGAAAUAAUAGCUGAUCCAGAAAAAAACAUGGGCAGAUUUACUAGGGAUGACAAGCAAAGUGGUAAUCGGUAUUGUGAUGAAAAAAAUGAAUGGCUCGAAGCAAAUAGAAAUUCAUCAACACUAGAAGAGGUUUUAAAACAAAAGAAAGAAUUUGAUGAAUUAUUGCAACCAAUACUAGACAAGCUUACAGGAGAUACAGAAAAUGAUGUUUCAAAAAAUGGCAAGAAAUAGCCUCCUAUACCAGGCAAGACAAAUAAUUGAAACAAUAGAUUUUCAUCAGCUGUACUUCUUGCUUGUGUAUAAGGCUGGGUCCUUUUAUUCAAUGGUAUCAAAAAAAAGGUGGUCCAAAAAAUGGCAAGAAAUAGCCUCCUAUAUCAGGCAAGAUAAAUACUUGAAACAAUAGAUUUUCAUCAGCUGUACUUCUUGCUUCAGUGUAUAAGACGGGGUCCACUGAUUGGUCUGUGGUACUCAGUGACAAUAAAUUAAAAAAUAGCCCAUCUAUAUUGCAGGGCAUUCCAUCAUUACCUUAUUUAACAAAAUAAAUGAAUAGCAAGUUGUAUAUUAUCAUUGUUUACCUACAUACAGUCAUUCCUAUGUUCAUAAURAGGCUUAAGAAAAAUUAGAAAUUGCAGUUGCUAUGGAAACUGUAACUCCAAAUUUACUGGUUUUUCAUUUUAAUGACAUUGAUUUUAAUAAAAAUCAAUUAGCCCUUUCAUUAUUAACUCUAUAAAGUACUGUACAUUAUUAUUCAAACAUUUUCGUCUGUGAAAACKUUUUUUAAACUUCACCUUUACAGACACUUUUAUUCCAAGCUUGACAUUGAUUUUGACAUUGACAGAACUAGAACCUGGAAGACCUACUGUUAUAAAUGCUGCUCAUAUAAUAUUCAUUGCUUUUUGUAGUUUAUCAAACUCAUAUGUCAGCAUUACUCUGUUUAGUGUUUCUUAUAAUGAGUAUUUUUAAUACCGUU